UUCAAUGGUAUAUGAACCUUAAAUCAAUCAGAUUGUAAACUGUCUGAUAAUUGUUUUAAUUUGAUUGUUAAUUAAGAUGGUGUGUCUACAAAUACGGAUGAAGGGGUUUAUAUUCACAGUCCUCUGUUUGGGAUAUCUAUCCUUUUUACAAGGUUGUAGUGCAGCCUAUCGCUCCUACAGAUCUUAUCGAUCCAGUUACAGUUACUACUACGAUUCCUACAGCUAUUACUAUUAUUCAUCUGGAACCUCUGAAAUCGGAGGAAUUAUUGGUGGAAGUAUUUCCGCAGUUAUCUUCCUCGUUACUGGAGCGGUGUUCUGCUGUUGUUUCUGUAGAUACCAGCAAAGGAGAAGGCAAACAACUGGCACAGUCAGAUACCUUAACUCUGGAACAACCAAUACGGCCAUCAUAACAACAAACACGACACCGGGCGUGGUUUAUCCUCCUCCGUAUCAGAGCGGUCCAGCAUCAAAUGUUCCUGUCCUCCAACCUGCCACCGGACAAACAUUUGGUCCACAAUAUAACGAGCCUGCCCCAGCGUAUGAUUCAGUUUUUGGUCCAAAUGGAGGAACAGCUCCGCCCUAUCCGUCUCCAGAGAAUGGGUUGAGCCUUAAUGCCGAUGGGAACAAAGAGUCGCCUUAUCCAACAUUGCCACACAACAACCUUGGUUCAAAUGCAUCACCGCCUUAUCCGACAUAAGGAUAUCAUGGAAUUUUUUAUACUUAAAAAA